AGGAUAAUAUUAUAAAUAGUAUGACUGCUGAGGCUAAAGAGCGUUCGGAAGCAGCGGAAACACUGCAAAGAGAAUUAUACGAGUCUGAAGGGAAACUCAAAGCAGAACAACAAUAUUUUCAAUCUUUAUAUGAAGACGAAAGUCGACUUAAUAAAGAUUUUGAAGAAAAAAUAAGAAGAUUGCAGGAAGCGCAAAAACUAUCAGAAAAAAAGUGGAAGUCGAAGGAAUUUAUUACUUUUUACUUUGAUGAUUGGCUUCUAUAAUGAAGUCCUCACUAUAUUUUUUCUGUUAUUCAACAGACGCACGAGUUAAAAAGGGAGUUGAGAAAAAGUCGCGGAGAAAUAAUGCAGUUGAAAAAUAAGCACGCGAAAGGAGCCGCUUCCUUAAUAACAGAACCCCCGCUCGACCAGCCGAAUCGACUUCAAGAGGACAACGCUCGUUUGAUUGCCCGUGUGAGCGAGCUGCAGUGCAAAUUGUUUUUACUUGAAGAAAAAUUGGCCUAUAUAGAAGAUAAUGCUGCCGAAAUUGCUAAAGAAAGCGCAAACAGAAAAGAUAUACUCCAGUCCUGCUUUUCUUCAAAAAUAAAUAAGCCCGCUAGAAGAUUCUCACUCUCUAGCCACGUGGAAAAUAUUAGAGAAGCGCUUCAUGGGAAAAUGCCCAGGGCCUGCGUGGAAGGCUUCCAGCGGAUGUUGGAAGAGGCGCUCGUCAAAAAUAUAGAGUUGCAGAACAAUUUGGAGCAACUAGCCGCUGAGAACUACCAGCUUAAAGAAAGGAUUGGUGAGAAGACGGCUGUAGAAAGCGAGUAGCGCAGUCUUUUUAAAAAUUUCUUUUAUAUUAUUGGGCUCCAUUAGUAAGGCGGGUGUUCUGUGUAAAAAGGGUCGGAGAA